GCUGAAAAGUUAAACAAUUUUCUAGUAAUAAAAGACAAUGAAUAUAAAGACCCUACUCCUUAUAAAGCCAGUAUAGAUAAUAAAUAUACUGAGAUUAACUGUUUAACUGAAGAAAAUAAAAUUUUAAAGGAUAAUCUUAAAUAUAACUUUAUUAAACUUAACUUCAAAUUGCAGGCAGUAAUACAAAUACAAUAUGCUCUUCAAGCUCUAAUAUUAUUACAGAAAUAG